AUGCAAACCAUGGUGGCAGAGACUAUGAGACUGAACGAAGGCUCACUUGAAGACGCCAUCGCCUCACUCUUUCCCGAGGACGCCCCGCUGAAAUUUCCUGUCCUAUCACCUUGGAAUGCAGCUGCCCAGGACGGCGACUGGCUUGUCACCAUCCCAGCACAGUUUCUCACUUCAGAAAGUUGCAACGAGAUCACAUUGUCUUUGUCUAAGCACGCUAAUAACACUGAAAGUACUCAUGAAACUGCAAAGGAGCCAAGCACAGGUCGGAUGCUCUCGAAAACAGAACUCAUAGCUCUUCCAACAUCUGCAGGCAGUGUGGGGCCGAUUUCUUCCGAGAGCGAACAUCAGGAAUCAAACACGGACGGAGACUCGGCCAGCAGCGUGUCCUCUGCAAGCCCAAGCCCCGACUGCCUCCUUGCCCCUCCUUCUCAAGACGCUUUCGUCUCAUCACCGCCACCGCCCGCAGCAAAUGGCGGGUCUCGAAAGUCCAAGGCAUCGUCGAGCAACUACCAGUGGAGCAGGGAGGAGCACAGGAGGUUUGUCGACGCGUUGGAGAAGCUGUCGCCUCUGAGGCAGAUGCUUGCGAGCCAUGGGAGGGUGACGAUAGGGCUGGGGCACGGGCUAGCGGAGAUGAUAUCGAAGGCUGUAGGGACGCGGUCGAUCUCGCAGGUGCGGUCGCAUGCGCAGAAGUACUUCCAACGGAUCAACAGGGAGCGAGGGUAUGAAAAUUGA